CGAAAAUAAACGGACCGUAUCAAACGACAUCGUUAACUCAAACCCUAGUAACAUUUCGCUAUAUAUAAUCAAAACCCUACAAAAUUGCAUUCUCAACCAGCCGCACCCAAAGGAGAGAGCACAUACCGGAAACUGCAAAGGUGAGAUUUCAAAUCGGCGGCAAUGAAGUAUAAUCCAAGGGUUUCCUCCUCUCGCCGCAAGAGCCGAAAGGCUCACUUCACCGCUCCUUCCAGCGUUCGCCGCGUGUUGAUGAGCGCUCCAUUGUCGACCGAUCUCAGGCAGAAGUACAACGUCCGCUCGAUGCCGGUCCGCAAGGACGAUGAGGUUCAGGUUGUUCGUGGCACCUACAAGGGCCGUGAGGGAAAGGUCGUCCAAGUCUACCGUAAGAAAUGGGUUAUCCACAUCGAACGCAUCACUCGCGAGAAGGUUAAUGGCUCCACUGUGAACGUUGGCAUCCACCCUUCCAACGUGGUCAUCACAAAGCUCCGCCUCGACAAGGACCGUAAGUCACUUCUCGAUCGCAAGGCCAAGGGACGCGCCGCUGCUGAUAAGGAUAAGGGAACCAAGUUUACUGCUGAGGAUAUCAUGCAAAAUGUCGAUUGAGCGUAUUAAGAUCCAUCUUGUUGUCUUUUAUUUCGUAUUACUCUUUAGGGUUGAGAAAGAUUUUGCUAUAAACUUCAAGCUUUUGGUUAUUAUUAGUCCCUAAAUAUGGAAUUUUUCCGCUCGGAUUCUAUUGUGGGUAUUUUGGCAAUCGCUGAUAGCCUGGAUCUUUUAAGUUAUAUUGUCUAUUUUAUCUUAAUGUUUGCUCUUCUUAGUUGCCAUACAUUCGUUUAAUUAUUCUCAUGGUUAUGUGUGGAAGCUUUGAAUUGAGAGACUUUGGACUCCCAGUGCGGUUGAUUUUGCUCAAUCAGCAGUAAUAUGUGUGUCAUUUCAAUUCUAUCACUCAAUUUAGUGUGGCAUAAUGGUCCAUAUUGUUGGGUUAGUCUUUACAAUGCUUUGUGGCUGAAUUUUUGCUGUUUCACAAUGAUUUUGGUUUUGGGGUUAUUAGUUUAUGUGUUCAUUGUGUGUUGGAUAUCAACUAUCAAGUGUGAUGAUACAGGUUAGAGCUCAUUAAUGUGA